AUGCAUUUGAUGUACACUCUCGACGACCAGGGGAAGCGAGUCUAUACCCUUAAAAAAGUGCUUAACGGGCAGGUGACAAAGUCUGCACACCCAGCCCGAUUCUCACCAGAUGAUAAAUACUCCAGACACCGAGUUACUCUCAAAAAACGAUAUGGAUUGCUACUGACACAACAACCCGGUAAGCUCUAUGCUCUCUUUUAA